AAAUGCAAAGCUAGACUGAACAAGGGAAGUGACAGGAAAUGGAGCUGGGGAGACAAAAAUCUGGAUAACAACAAAAGAAUUUCAACAGUUAAAAAAUGAGUCAAACAUCUCUCAAACAGAAAAAGAAUGAGCCCGGAAUGAGGUCCUCAAAAGAGAGUCUAGAAGCAGAAAAAAGAAAGGAAUCUGACAAACAAGGAGUUCGUCUGAGCAAUCAGAUGAGGCGUGCAGUCAAUCCGAAUCACUCGCUGAGAUGUUGCCCCUUCCGGGGUCACUCGUCGUGUAGACGCUGCCUUUGUGCAGCUGAGGGAACAGCCCUUGGCCCCUGCCGCACAAUACGUAUUUAUAUUCACAUGUGCCUGUUGUGGGAGCAGGGCCAGCAGAUCACCAUGAUGAGGGGAUCACAAGAAUCAUCACUGCGCAAGACAGACUCUCGAGGGUACCUUGUGCGCAGUCAAUGGUCUAGAACAUCCCGCAGCCCAUCCACCAAGGCUCCAUCCAUAGAUGAGCCUAGAAGCAGGAAUACCAGUGCUAAGGUAGAGCCCAAACCCAAGAACGCCAUCACCAUUGCUCUCUCAUCCUGCGCGCUCUUCAACAUGGUGGACGGCAGGAAAAUCUACGAGGAAGAGGGUCUGGAAAAGUACAUGGAGUAUCAGCUCACCAAUGAGAAUGUCAUCCUGACCCCAGGUCCGGCGUUCCGCUUCGUCAAGGCACUACAGUAUGUCAAUGCUAGACUCCGUGAUCUAUAUCCUGAUGAACAGGACUUAUUUGAUAUUGUACUGAUGACUAAUAACCAUGCCCAAGUGGGAGUGCGGCUUAUAAACAGCGUCAAUCACUAUGGCUUACUGAUUGACCGCUUCUGUCUGACCGGCGGAAAAAACCCAAUUGGCUAUUUGAAGGCAUAUCUUACCAACUUGUAUAUUGCUGCAGAUUCUGAAAAAGUUCAAGAGGCAAUACAAGAAGGUAUUGCCUCUGCCACAAUGUUUGAUGGAGCCAAAGACAUGGCUUACUGUGACACCCAGCUCCGUGUAGCCUUUGAUGGGGAUGCUGUCCUCUUCUCUGAUGAGUCUGAACAUUUUACCAAGGAGCAUGGGUUGGACAAAUUCUUCCAGUAUGAUACAUUAUGUGAAAGUAAGCCUCUUGCUCAGGGUCCCCUGAAAGGCUUUCUGGAAGAUUUAGGCAGACUGCAAAAGAAGUUCUAUGCCAAAAAUGAACGGUUACUUUGUCCUAUCAGGACCUACCUGGUUACAGCUAGGAGUGCAGCCAGUUCAGGCGCCCGUGUGCUGAAGACCCUUCGACGCUGGGGUCUAGAGAUAGACGAAGCUCUUUUCCUUGCUGGAGCCCCCAAAAGUCCCAUCUUGGUGAAGAUCCGGCCCCAUAUCUUCUUUGAUGACCACAUGUUCCACAUUGAAGGGGCACAGAAGAAGAGCCUAGGCUGGAUGUCUUGAUCAAUAAUGCAGGGAUCUUCCAGUGCCCUUACAUGAAGACUGAAGAUGGGUUUGAGAUGCAGUUUGGAGUGAACCAUCUGGGGCACUUUCUACUCACCAAUCUUCUCCUUGGACUCCUCAAAAGUUCAGCUCCCAGCAGGAUUGUGGUAGUUUCUUCCAAACUUUAUAAAUAUGGAGACAUCAACUUUGAUGACUUGAACAGUGAACAAAGCUAUAAUAAAAGCUUUUGUUAUAGCCGGAGCAAACUGGCUAACAUUCUUUUUACCAGGGAACUAGCCCGCCGCUUAGAAGGCACAAAUGUCACCGUCAAUGUGUUGCAUCCUGGUAUUGUACGGACAAAUCUGGGGAGGCACAUACACAUUCCACUGUUGGUCAGACCACUCUUCAAUUUGGUGUCAUGGGCUUUUUUCAAAACUCCAGUAGAAGGUGCCCAGACUUCCAUUUAUUUGGCCUCUUCACCUGAAGUAGAAGGAGUGUCAGGAAGAUACUUUGGGGAUUGUAAAGAGGAAGAAUUAUUGCCCAAAGCUUUGGAUGAAUCUGUUGCAAGAAAACUCUGGGAUAUCAGUGAAGUGAUGGUUGGCCUGCUAAAAUAGGAACAAGGAGUAAAAGAGCUGUUUAUAAAACUGCAUAUCAGUUAUAUCUGUGAUCAGGAAUGGUGUGGCUUGAGAACUUGUUACUUGAAGAAAAAGAAUUUUGAUGUUGCAGUAGCACUGCUAAGAGGUACAUGUGGAUAUUUUGGAGUUACUGAAAAAUUAUUUUUGGGAUAAGAGAAUUUCAGCAAAGAUGUUUUAAAUAUAUAUAGUAAGUAUAAUGAAUAAUAAGCACAAUGAAAAAUACAAUUAUAUUGUAAAAUUAUAACUGGGCAAGAAUGGAUGACAUAUUAAUAUUUGUCAGGAUUAAGUGACUUAAAGUGCUAUCAAGAGGUUUUUCAAGUAUUUUUGAGUUUCAUGGCCAAAGUGUUAACUAUUUUUACUAUGAUGUUUGGUGUUUGUGUGGAAAUAAUCUGCCUGGUAUGUGCACACAAGUCUUACUUGGAAUAAAUUUACUGAUACAAA